UUGUAUUGACUGAACACGAGUUGUGUCGCUUCAAUCGGCUCUGUUUAAAAACUUCUUCCAGAUCAAGUCAGCAGCCGUAAUAUCAGCAAUGGAGACCUACAAUGAAAAUGAGUCCAAGUUCAUGAGAAAGGCAAAGGAAAAUCCAUUCGUUCCAGCAGGAAUGGCUGGAUUCUUUGCGAUUGUGGGCUAUGGACUAUACAAGCUCAAGAGCCGUGGGAAUGUAAAGAUGUCUGUUCACCUCAUCCACAUGCGUGUGGCUGCCCAGGGCUUUGUUGUAGGAGCAAUGACCAUCGGAGUUGUGUAUUCAAUGUACAGAGACUACAUUUUGAAGCCAAGAGAACAGGAAAAAGCCCUGAAAAGCAACUGAAAAUUUCAACUUCUGCACCUUGUUUGUCUCAUUCUUCUCGCGGUACACCUCAUAUUAAGGUGUUCAAUGUUUUAUGUAUUUGUUUGUAGGACUAGAAUUCAUGUACAUGCCCUUUCAACAUCAGAUAUGAAAAGGUUGUAUAUGAAUUAUUUUCAUCACCUUAUAUACAUUUGUAGAUUGCACAUAUAAGCACUGACCAGUGUGCUCAAAAUAUUGUGCCUUAUCUGUAUAACGCAGUGCUACCUAUUAGUAAUGUUAGUGGGUAAUUGUUCGCUUCAUCCGUUUUUGUUAAAACAAGUUCAUGUACAGUGAUGGGGUGUCUCACUUUACCACUGCAAAAGUGUAAGAACUUGAGAAAUGAUGACACCAGCAUACAAAGGUGGAAAUUGAUUCAAAGUUAGUUUCACCCUUGGCAUUAUAGGAAAUGCUUCCUAGAGUUAUGAAUGCUAAUUAUGGCUUAUGAGUUUCUUGCUGGGAUGUGUUGCACAGUCAGAGACGCUGGGGUCCUACAAGACCAAAUUAGACCAAAUGAGCGAUUAUGGGCUAAUGAUGAGCUAAGAUAGGCUGAACAGCUCCUUCCUCUUUGCUUUGCCUCACAGACGACAGUUUUGCGCGGGGUCGCCCCAUGGAUGUCAUUUGUGACAGACAGGAAGUUAUUUUAAAUGGGUAAAUUGAAUGGGUGGGAUAUGAUAAUGGCCACAUUGCGUGAGCAAGAUUUAGGAUUAAGCAAGGACACGACCACCCUGAGUGCUGUAAGAUCCUGGAUAGUCACAAGCUUCAGACUUGGGCUCUAAAAUCUUCUCUAAGAGGUUGCAGCUUUUACAUCAGCAGAGGUUCCCCAGCACUGGAAUGCAUUGUUUGUUUUUCUUUUUUUUCUUCAAGAGAAGCUUUGCUAAGGUUAGACAUUCUGUUCCAAAUUGUUACAUACAGAGAACACCAUGUUAAGCUACCUUGUAGUUUUUUUCUUCUUUAUUUAUUUUUCCUUUGUUGUAACAGUAGGUUCAGUUAUAAUUCAGUUUUUAAUAAUUCAGUUUUUCUUUUUAUGCCCAUGUUCAAAUUUGAAGAGUAAAAGUAUGCCAUACAGUCUAUUUGUUAACAUGAACAGCGUACAAUGUAGUGAUAUUACCUAUUGCAGGGAAACCCGUGUAUAUUAGGUUUUAUGUGACUACUUAUUUUUGGUAUUGUUUCAUACUUGGUGGAAGUAUGACAGGAAAGCAUGCAAGUGUUCAUGAAAAUGUCAAAAUGAAAGUCCUCUUGAUGGCUUGCACGCCUCUUAUGUUAUAGAGUGAAAAAGUAGCUAUGUGCAAAUCGAAAAGGGAUGUGGUGUUUGUGUGGAAAUGAUUGCCUGAUAUCUGAAUGUCAGGAAAGCAAUUUUUUUUAUUUGUAUUAUUAUUAUAAUAUUUCAAGUCAGGUGCUACUUCAAGGGGUAGGGGAGUGAAAAGAUUAAAGAACUUAUUAAAGUUAUUAAACUUCUUUUUUCUGCUGAGUUUUUUUUUUUUUUAAUUAAUUUAGCAAUCAUAAAUGUAUAUGUAUCUAUCUAAAUGUGUCUGUACAAAAGUGGGCUGAAAGGUAGAUAUUGCUUUAACAGAAAACACUUUUA